GUGUACCAACCAAAAGCUAGACAAGCAAAAGCUACACAACACCACCGAAGAACCAAUAAGUGAACACAUGGGCGAGCGGACAUGGCUCUAGCGAGCGCAGCAACAUCGUCGAGCGCACACACGUGGCUCUGGUGGGCAAGUGUGGUGACUUUUUUUUUUUGCAAGUGUGGCAGCACGACGAGCGAGCGAGCGCACGGCCCGGUGAGUGGACGCGACAACACGACCACAUCUCCAAUGAGCGAGCGAGCGUGGACGCUGCUUUGGUGAGCGGACGCGACGGACAAGCAUGGUGUGGCUCUGGCGAGCAGACGCGGUGGGCAGGCAUGGCGGCUUCAGCGAGCUGACACGGCGGGCGGGGCGACCAUGGCAGUGUCGGCGAGCUGACGCGGCAGUGCGGACGCAUCUUCAGCGAGCGAGCGCAGACGAUGCUCUGGCGAGCGGACUCGGCAGACGAGCAUGGCGUGGCUCUAGUGAGCAGACGUGGCAGUGUCAAAAUCAGUCCAGACAAGUUCCCACCUUUGAUUCCACUGUAUAUCUCCGGAUAACUGCAAUCUUGACAGCCCACCAGUAUAUCUCAUGGACUCGUAUCCCAAGUCCCAAGCCCUUGAUGGCGUUGUCGAGCGCCGGCGGCGGCGAGAAGCAGAUGGAGAAAGAGAUUGUGACGGAGACGGAGAUGGAGGAUGAGGAGGAGAGGAGGAGAGGAGGAGGGGCCACAAGAUCGAAAGGGUCGUCGUCGACGGAGCGACGACGAGGAAGAAGAGAGAUCCUGUAGCGGAGGAGUGGGCAAAGAAGCAGAUGGCGGAGGUGCGGAGGAGGGCGAAGGAGGAAGACGAAAGGUUCAUGGUGGAAUUUGGCGCAAAAUACCCUGACGAACAAGACUGGUCCGACAUGCUCGCCGUAAAAGCUCGUCUGCAUCGCGACCACUGGGAAAGUGUCUGGGCAGACCCCUUCGGUUCCUUCGACGACACCACGCGAAUCCCACCCAUGCGCUUCACGGAUCAGCCCGCGCCAAGUCAUGCCAGAGUGCAGGAUACCCUGCAAAUCUUUUCAGUGAAGAUCAAAGAAACAGGCCGGGGCUUACAGUGGCCACUUCAGGUGUUUGGUAUGGUUGCUGCACGUGACCCAGUUGAUCACAAUCGCAAUGUUAUCUUCAACCGUGAAAGGAACAACUGCCAAAUCCUCACCCAAGAGGAUCCAGUCUUAAAACUGACAGGUCCAACCCGUGCAGUUGUGGUGUGUGAUCCUGUGUACUUUGAGGUUGAACUGAAAGUCAAGGGUUUUGUCGAAGCUGAGGAUAAAGAUUUAAGCCUCUUAGCUGUGGCACUCACUGAUUAUUCUAGCAUUUAUUCUACGUGUUUGAUAAGCAAAGCCUAUACUAGCAAGCUUAGCACACUGGAGUUGAAGUUCGGCUAUGUGCUUAGUUCUGUGGAGGCCACUAUCAGUGUGUGUGUCACCGAGGGGUCAUGGCCAGAUGAUGUCUUUGGUCGAUAUACUGCACAGACAUCUAGUUUAGAAGAUAUGCCAGUCUUAUUGCUUGAAUUUGAGAAGAUUCCUGUUGAUGAUGAUGGUAGGAUCAAGCUUUCACGACGUGUUGCUUCAGUUGAAUUUGAGGGUGAGCUGAAAGUUUAUGUGUCAGCAUUUCGGUAUGAUAAGGAUUUGGAUAAGAUAAUAAUGGUAGGGGAAGAUGAGAAGGGGUUCAGACCCAAGAAGGCAGGCAAAAGCUCUAGUACGCUUGAUGUUGGGUUUUGCAAAAUGGAUGUCACCGUUGCCUGGUCAAUUCUGUCCUUAUCUCCUUAAUUUGAUUCUUCUGUUUGCUAUGCUUAACUAUAGUUUAGUAGUAUGUGUGAAUAUGUGAUGCAUUGCAUCUUUUGCAUACCAAUUUCUAUUAACUAGUGAUGUUUGGGAGAUGUAUGCGGUAAUUUGCAAUCCAUAGUGAUGAAGUCACAUAUUCUAUUUUAAUCUUUAUAUUAUUACUAUUUA